AUGGUUAGGCGUGAACAAACAGAUUUUAUGGAUGGUUGUGUAGCUUUUUCAGAAGAUGGAGAAACAAGUUCUCCUCCAAGAAAUCACAUGCUAUUGACGCUGGAUGUGUUACAUGAUUUAGAAUUUAUAGGUUGUGGCUCAGCAAAUGCUGUAUUCGCCUAUUGGGGUGACCGUGAUGAUCUCAAACAUAAAAUUAUAAGAGUACGAUUGCUACAUAGUGAAAUUUGCACUACAGUCAUAUACAACGCUUUAGUUUCAGGAAAAUUCGAUAGUUUGAGAAGCUAUCUUGUUGCGUGUAGCAUACUCCAAGUUGAUCCAAUAUUGUUGCAAAAGCUUGAGGAUUUUGGUCGAAAAAAGGUGGCAAACUUCAACUUAAAUUUAGAAGAAAAAUAUGUGCUGCUGAUGGACAACAUAUUUUCCUAUCCUUUAAGCCGAUACAAUUGUUAUAGACUGAGCAAAUACCAUACAUUUUUUGUGGAGAAAGGGAAUAAUGAAACUAUUUUAGAAUUUAAACCUAAAUGGCUAUACACCUUACCGGAGAAUCACAAGAGCUGUCGAAAUUGCUUAAAUGCAAUGUAUAAAGGCCAAAAAUUCAACCCAUGUCACUUGAAACUUUUACAGAAAAAUGGAAUAGAUAUCUGGUGUAACGAAGUCCAACAGGAACUCAACAGGAGAGGAAUAAAUAAAAGUGUGAAAAAUGAUCUAAGAGAAACUAUUCAAAGAAAUUACAAUCUCUUUGAAACGCUUUAUGCACUGCAAAACAAAUCAGAUGUCCACAAGCUUCUUUUGAAUUUGAAAUCAGAAGAGGAUGUCACUGAAGAAUUAAAAUUUGAGAUGACUAUCCGAGAUGUCUCAUUGCUGAUGAAGCUAAAUGAUAAGAAAGUAUUCGUGAUAGAUUUGGAUGAGAAACCUGCCACUAAGUGGAUAAGAUGGAAAGAACAUGAAGCGGAAUUUGAAGAUAAAUAUUCGGAGGAUUUAGGUUUGCAAUGUAGCUUCGAAGCAAACAACUGA